AUGGAAGGAUACUCAGGUAAUCCGCCGGCUGACCCAUCAGCCAGGCCAGCGGCUCGGCCUGCGACCUCCGAGUCGGACAGCGAGGAGAGCGAUGGCGGAGAGGAUUUCUUUCGUGAUGCCAUCGGUGUCGAGGAUCCGAUGUUGGAUGACGACGAUUCGGAUCAAGGCCUUUCGCUGCAAGAGGUUGUGCAGGGCUUCAUGAAUAUCAACCACAGUCAUGCGAACAUGGGAACCUACCAGGAGGACACCCGAGACAUCAGGCACCUCCUCCCAUGGGUGGACAUGGUUUGUGCCCCGCAAGUCACGGCUCAGCAGAAAAAGCGGUACCUCGAGGAGCUGAGUUUUGCGCUCCGGCCACAAGAGCUGACUCCACAGGCGCGUGAGAUGUUCGUUCGUCAAGCUUUACAUCGCGGCGUGGUUCCCGAGGCUGUAAGGCUCAUCGAGAGUGCCUCACCCACCGUUGCCGCAGCUGCCACCAACUUCCUGGGCGACUUUGCUUUCAAUUCCGACAUGGGAUCCAAGGAAGUUCUCAAGGUGUUUGACCGGAUUGCUGAUCGCUUUCAGCAUCUUUUCUCGUCUUCCUCGGACAGGGCGCUCAUGCUGCACGACGAUUGGCUCUUACAGGCAGCCAUUCUUUUGUGCGUCAACAUUGCCGCGACCUGUCCGGCCGGACACAUGAAGCUAGUUAGGCUUGUGCAGCCUGUUUGCUUGAAGAUUCUGCAGAGCAAACAGGUAGGCGACAAGCUUCGUGGGAACACGAUUCUGCUGCUAGCCAACCUGUCCAUGACUGUCUUGAGCGAGCUGCGUGAGCUUCAUGUGGCAAAUGUUCUUCUGCAGUUGGUGUCGGAUGGCAACGUCAGUAACCAUGGGAAGAGCGUGGCAGAGUCGGUGAUCAUAUUUCUGCACGGCGAGAAGCAGUGUCGCCAGGUUGAUAUACUGAUGGAGCGGGAUGUUGUCAGCAGCUACUGUGUUCCGAUCAUGGAACACACCUUGAAGGGCACAGAGUUUCGUGGCAUGUUUCCACACCUCUUGUACAGCGCUAAGCUCUUCCAGGUUCUGUCCAGGUGUCGCCUCUAUGCAGAGAAGCUCGUGGAAGACACUCGUGCAAUUCCGCUGCUGCUCAAGGCUGUCAAUCCACGAGCACCGCCCCCAAGAGUAGAAACUGACUACGAAGGCCGCCGCUUGGUGUUGCAGGCCCUCUGGUCACUUGCGAAGUAUCGUUUGUGGCCGUCUCCAGACGAUGUGGAUAGUCAGAAAUUUCUGGACAAGGGCCUGCCGAUGCUCUGCGAAGACCGGCACGUGGGGAUUCGAACUGCCGCGGCAGGGAUCUUCGCGCAAAUUUUCUAUCCGAGCGUGAUCAGAUUACUCGCUGUCGGAAGGAGGCUGGAGAUUUCUGGCCUACUUCCGCCCGGGUUUUGGAAGCUCCGCAUUGCGUCGCAGCUGUUUCCGUUCCUGGCAGAAUGCCGUUGA